GCUUCCUCAACAAAUCUCUCUUUCAUCUCGCUCUCUCUCUCUCGCUCUCGCUCUCGCUCUCGAUCUCGCCACCACUCGCCCUUGCUUUAGCCUCAGCAAGCCCUCAAUCCAGUCGCAAUGUCUGGAAACCCAGCCACGAGCCCGAAGCGCAUAGGCGCCAUCCGCCAUCCUCAGUCCGAGUACACUGGUGCCACUCCCAUGACCUCGUCCGAGCUGCCCAUUAGCCAGGCCUACUCCCGCAACUCGGGAGGCUAUGGCCCUGCGCCUACCGCUGCCCUGGCUGGCCCGCCGUCUGCAUACCGGCAGGACAUGAUGAACCCCCACUAUGGCGCGCCCCCCUCCCACGCGAUGGCUUCCUCCUCUUCGAGAGGCGACUCGAGCAGCAACGGUCUCAUGUCUCCUUCCCUGGCGGCUGGGCCCCCCACCUCGUCUCGAGCUCCGACAGCCCACGGGUACUCGUCCACUAGCUCACCCAACAUGAACAGGCAUUCUUACGGCCAGGGGUCUGCAUACACGGCCUCCAACUCGCAGCCACAGAGGCCGGUGCGCUCUGGCACGCUUCCUACAAGCGAGCACCCUAGUCUGAUGAAUGGCAACCACUAUCGCGAUGCUCGUGGUUCAUCUAACGGUUCCUCCACUCCAUACAGCAACGGCCUCGGCGGCAGUCACGCACCCACCAUUGGCGGACUUGGUCUCACUCCGCAGCACCAGCAGCCCGACCACUUCCAAAGCAACUCGGCCGCGUUCGAGGCCAACUUUGACCAGAAGAUCAACAUCGGGCCCGUCAUCCCUGUCCAGCCCGAGAAGGACACCGCCCCUCCCCCGACCAUGCGUGCCCGUAGUGGGACAGGCAAGAGUACCAAGGAUAAGAAGAGUGUCCUUGGCUUGCUCAACGACUUCCUCAACACUAAUCAAAAGAAUCUGGUCAUUUCAACUCCGUACGACCCCAUUCACCUCACCCAUGUCGGCUAUGACUACAACACUGGGCAAUACACUGGCAUGCCCUCGGAGUGGCAGAAGAUUUUGGACGAGAACGGUAUCACCCGUGCCGAGCAGGAAGAGAAUCCCGACAAGGUUCUCGCCGUCGUUCAAUUCUUCCAAGACCGUGAUAUCCCCGAGACGACAGACGAUGACGUGUGGAACAAGAUGCGCAACGUUGCGCCGAGCCACCAGCUGUCUCCCGCUGAGUCGCCCCAGCCUCCAUCUGCGGCCAUGUCACGCGAGAACAGCAAUGAUGGAAGUAACAACAAUAAUUAUCAGUUCAAUGCUCCUCGCGCAGCUCCUCCACCGCCGGCAACCGCGGCCAAGAUUCAUCCUGGGAUGCAGGCUGAACGUACCGCGCCUGUUGCCCCUCCCAAACAGCUUCAGCGCAUGCCUUCUUCCCAGUCAUCUUCACCUGCAAUCCCCCCGUCGUCUCAGCUUGACCGUUCGCAUUCACAGCGGCUGCCAUCAUCAACCUCGAGCCAGACGCCCAAGAGGACACUUGACCGUUCUGUCUCUUCUCGCACUCCCACCAGCAGCAACAAGGCAUCUCCGCCAUUGCACAAGUCCCACUCGCAGUCGGGAAGGUCGAGGCGCCCGGAGCAGCCUCACAAUGCUCCCCCUGUGCCCCAGGCUCCGUCCCAGGGUGUUGCGCGCACGACCACGAAGGGCCGCGACCAGGCUGGCGCGCCGCGUCGCAGGGAUAAGGCAAAGGAGAAUGAGGAGGUUAUCCGUCAGUUGCAGCAGAUCUGCUCGCCAGGCGACCCCAACUCCAUAUACCGCCAGCUCAACAAGAUCGGUCAGGGUGCGUCAGGUGGCGUUUACACUGCCUACGAUCGCUCUGGGACACCCGUGGCCAUCAAGCAGAUGAACCUCGAGAAGCAGCCCAAGCAGGACCUCAUCAUCAACGAGAUUCUCGUCAUGCGCGAGUCAUCACACCCCAACAUUGUCAAUUUCAAGGACUCUUACCUUUGGAAGGGUGACCUCUGGGUUGUGAUGGAGUACAUGGAGGGUGGCAGUUUGACCGACGUCGUUACCGCCCACUGCAUGAGCGAGGCGCAGAUUGCCGCGGUCAGCCGCGAGACAUGCGAAGGGCUUCGCCAUCUGCACUCGAAGGGUGUCAUUCAUCGCGACAUUAAGAGUGACAACAUUCUCCUCUCGCUCAACGGAGAUGUCAAGCUCACCGACUUUGGGUUCUGCGCUCGUAUCGCCGAUCCUCUCCACACGAAGCGCACAACAAUGGUCGGAACCCCGUACUGGAUGGCCCCGGAGGUGGUCAUGCGUAAGGAGUACGGUCCCAAGGUCGACAUCUGGUCGCUUGGUAUCAUGGCCAUCGAGAUGCUCGAGGGUGAGCCGCCCUACCUGAACGAGAACCCUCUGCGCGCUCUGUACCUUAUUGCCACGAAUGGCACUCCCAAGAUCAAGGACUGGGACAAGCUAUCGAGCGUAUUCCGCGACUACCUCAAGGCGUGUCUUACCGUCGACUCGGACCAGCGCCCGAAUGCUGAGCAGCUUUUGCAGAACGAGUUUUUCAAGUAUUCUGCCAAGCUCAUCAGUCUGGCGCCUAUGAUCAAGAGCGCGCGCAAGGGCAAUCAAUCGUGAGGUUGAGUGAGCGUACCGUGCCGCUGGUUGGUCUAUUAUCCGCCAGAAUACCAAAACGUUAUCACCAACCCUUCCGUGUCUGCCUGCACUGCAUCCGUGGUACAUUCUCAGUAUCUCCUGGGCAUGGCGCGCAGCGAGGCUUGCCCGCUGCC